ACGGCUGUCGUGCUCCCCAUAUCUGCCAUGGUGAAGGCAAGAGAGUUGGUAGAGGAGCAAAAGGCGGCGAUGGAGGAAGAGGAAGAGCUGAAUGCAGAGGCGGCGGAGGAGCAGGAGGAAGCCGAGGAUGCGGCCAACAGCAGUAGCAGCAAGAAGAAGAAAAAGGUUGUUCCGGGUAUUGUGUACUUGGGCCACGUCCCGCCGCGAUUCCGGCCCCUGCACGUACGCAACCUGCUCAGCGCCUACGGCGAGGUGGGACGCGUUUUCUUCCAGGCCGAGGACCGCUUUGUGAAACGCAAAAAGAAGGCAGCCGCAGCCGCUGGAGGAAAGAAGGGAGCUAAAUACAGCAAGGACUAUACCGAAGGCUGGGUGGAGUUUCGAGACAAGCGCAUAGCCAAGCGAGUGGCAGCCAGUCUGCAUAACACGCCCAUGGGCGCCCGCAAGCGCAGUCCCUUCCGUUAUGACCUGUGGAACCUCAAGUAUUUGCAUCGUUUUACUUGGUCCCACCUCAGUGAACACCUUGCCUUUGAGCGCCAGGUACGAAGGCAACGCCUGAGAGCAGAGGUCGCCCAAGCAAAGCGAGAGACUGACUUCUAUCUUCGAAAUGUAGAACAGGGACAACGCUUCCUUGCAGCUGAUGGGGAUGCUACUCGACCAAAUAGCUCCUGGACAUUUACUCAGCGUCCUACUGAGCAGGAGCUGAGGGACCGGAAAGCAGCACGGCCAGGAGGGCGGGAACGAGCUCGGCUGGCUACCAUCCAGGACCAGGCCCGAUCCAACCGAGGGCUCCUUGCCAGGAUCUUUGGAGCCCCUCUACCUGCAGAGAGCAAGGAAGAACCAUAGCUAGUAAGAGACUCCUGUUGGAAGAAGGAACCAGCCCUGUCCCCUUCUGGUCUGCCUCCUUCAGAGUGUAACCAUCUAGGCAGAUGUUUUCCCUAUUCCACAGACCAAGAGUCUGGUAAAAGGCCUUUUUUGUUGGUGUCUUUUACCUACUUUGACCAAAUCCUGCAAGCGCCAGACUGAGAACCUUACUCGUCCUAUUCAUAAUGAAGACUACUGUAGGUGCCUUUUGCGUUUUGUUUGAUUUCUGAUUGCCUGCCCCUUUCUCAGUGGGCACCUGACAGUUUCUGGCUGGAAGAGUGGACUUGCCUUCCAGUAGGGUAAUGGUCUGUGGUGUUUGUUCACUGUGGUGGGGGGGCUGAAUUAACAGGAAUUGGAUUAGUGGUCCAAUUUGAGGUUUAUAUUUGAAAAUAAAAAAUAAUUUAUUUUUA